AGGUGCCCCGGCGGUGGGUGCCUCGCCCUCCGGGCGUGACUCGCCUCCGGAUGGGUGGACCCCGGCCCGCCUGGAGCCCCCGACAGAGCAGCCCCGCCGGGCGGCAGGAGGGAGCAGAAGCAAGUGAGCUGGACAUGAUUUCCACAAGGGUGAUGGACGUUAAGCUUCGGGAAGCUGCAGAGGGCAUUGGGGAGGACAGCAGAGUUUGUCUAGGAAAGAAGAAAUCCAAAUUCAAAACUUUUAAGAAGUUCUUUGGGAAGAAGAAGAGGAAAGAAUCGCCCUCGUCCACAGGAAGUAGCACCUGGAAACAAAGUCGGGAGAAGAGUGAGACCAUUGCCCUUGAGUCGGGGCCGGUGGGCUAUGACUCAGAGGAUGACCUUGAGGAGUCGAGGGGCACGCUGGGCAGCCGGGCCCUCUCACACGACAGUAUUUUCUUCCCUGAGUCAGGACAGGACCCUGCUCGGCCUGUGCGGGUGUUUUCCCAAGAAAAUGUGUGUGAUCGGAUCAAAGCUCUUCAGUUAAAAAUACAAUGUAAUGUGAAGAUGGGGCCGCCACCUCCCCUUGGGGGACUUCCUGUCAAGCGUGGAGAUGAUGCCGGCAUGAGCUCUGAGGACGAUGGGCUGCCCAGGAGCCCCCCAGAGAUGUCCCUGCUGCACGAUGUUGGCCCUGGCACAACCAUAAAGGUCUCUUUAGUUUCUUCAUCCCGGCCGCUAUCGCCAGACCACACGAGUGACGCCUCGGUCUCCCCCCGGACCUCGGACAGCAGCAUCGCGCCUGUGGCUGAUUUUGAUUACCCCCCAGAGUUCUCCUCCUGCCUGGACAACUCUGCUGCCAAGCACAAGCUCUUGGUUAAGCCCCGCAACCAGCGGUCGAGUAAAAUGAGGCGGCUGUCUUCGCGAGCACAGUCAGAAUCCCUGAGCGAUCUGACAUGCACCCCAGAGGAGGAGGAAUACGAUGAGAAACCAUUGCUCAAAGUCAGCACAGAGGAGAACCCCAGUUCUGGGCAGCAGGAUUUGGGGGCGGACAGGGGCCCUGAGCCGGGGGAGCCAGCUACCGUGGAGCACCGCGGGGGAGUCCGGGAGAGACGGGCACGCCUGCAGCACUGCCCCGCGCUCAGUGCCAGCGUGGAAGAGGGGAGCUCACCUGGGGAUGACCUCUCGAGCCGCCCGGCCACCCCAGAGGUCACUGGGCCCGAGUCAGGCCCAGGCCUCUGCUUGGAGGCCACGUCUCCGCCAGAAGGCUCUGCACAUCCUGACCCCAACAGCGAGAACCAGAGGGAGGAGCCGCCCAUCGCAGACACAUGUUCCCUGGCUGUGGACACAGCUGAUGAGGUGGUUUGUGCUUCUGGUGACAGCAAUAGUCAGUUAUCUGUCCACAGCCCUGAGGAGGACACGGCACCUCCCAAGACUGUCACCGCCCCCGCCUUGGAGACGGCCUCUAGUCCGGAUGGGCCAGAUCCGGAUGUCCAGGAGGAAGUGGAACUGACCCCAGCUGUGCCCAGUCCUGAGGGAGCAGGGAAAGAGUCUUCUGCAGCCCCUGCCCCAAGCCCACAGCCCCCCAAGAGUUGCCUGAAGCACAAGGCCCUGCCAGCGAGCGUGAGCUGCAGCGCAUCCCCCACACCUCCCGUCUCUGAGUCACCUCCAGGGGAACCCGCUCCCUGUUCCCUGGGCCUGGAGGCCGCCCCCGCCGAACUCCCCAAGGCUGAGCACACAGAGUCUCCGCAGGGGGGUCCCACGAGGGCAACUCCAGAGCGGAAGCUAGAGAGAGGAGGCCACGAGCUGGCCAGCGCCAAGAAGUUCUCCGUGUCCUCCAGCCGGGCACGGUCACGCACAGGCAGCGUCCGCCAGCUGGAGCAGCCUGGCCCUGGGGGCCCCUCCAGUGUCCGGCCGCCCCUUCUGAAGAGUGGCCUGGCCUGGAGGAGCGAGGCGGCGCUCGAUGACCUCCGGGUGCUUCCCGAGCCGCAGAGCGUGAAACUGGGCCCCCAGAAGCCACCGUCCCCAGUGGAGUGUGAUUCCCAGGACUCAGGGGACCAAGUGGCUCAUCAGGCUGUGCUGGGCGGGAGCCCCCAGGAUACGGCAGCCACAAGAGACCCCUGUCCAGCCACUCAGGAGUCGCCCAGCUGUGAGGACAGAAAUGCCUUUCCCAUCAAGCUCCGGUCCACCUCACUCUCCUUCAAAUACAGAGAUGGUUCUUCUUCAGAACUGAAGGGCAUGAAAAGAUAUAGUGCUGAGGUCAGGUUGGAAAAAGGAGGACUGACUUUGCUCUCCAGAGAUGAAAAAUCUCAGCUUGAGACGGCCCCCAGUGCUCGAGGGGCCCGGUCCCUGAACGACCAGGGGAAAGUGAAGGCCCGGUCAUCUGAGCAGCUUAGCUCCAAACCACCCCUGCCUAGAAAGCCUCUCCUGCAGACCCUCACCCUCCCACACCCACCCAUGCCCCUGCAGGCGGGCCCAGGAGAGCUGGAGAAAACCCUCACGCAGGACUCUAAGAAGGAGAGUAGGAUGAUGGAGAAGAAGUCUGCACACAGAGCAGCCGCCAAGGGCCUGUCUCCUGCAGCAGCAGGCCCCGGAGCUGACAGCCAGCCCAUGCCACCCUGGAUCACUAUCGCUCGGCAGAAGCGCCGAGGGGUCCCGGACCAGCCACCCAACCAGGAAGACGGUCCUGCGGUGCGGAGCCUGAAGUCUGAGGCAGGAAAGCCAGCCAAGGCCCCUGAGAGAGCACAGGAGUCCAAACAAGCCGACUUUAUCCGAAGCAAGUCUUUCGUGAUAGCAGCUGUCAAGCCCUCUGUAGAACGGAAGCACGGGACAAAGCCCAACCUCAAAGAAGGGCUGCAAAGAGGGAUCUCACUGUCCCAUCAGAACUUGGCGGCUCAGUCUGCAGUGAUGGUGGAGAAAGAACUGAAUCAGCUGAAGAGAGCCAGUUAUGCCAGUGUGGAUCAGCCAUCCUGGAUGGAACUUGCCAGAAAGAAGUCGCAAGCCUGGAGUGACAUGCCCCAAAUUAUAAAAUAGGUUGACUGAGUGCUGAUAAAGACUGUCUGCUACCUUCAUGAGCCACCUACUUAAAAACCGCCAUUAAAUCAUGGCAGGCAAACUGUGAAACUUAAGAGUGAUUUUAUCAAGCGAUGGGAGAGAGCUCAGAGGGGAGGAAGGAACUCAGACCAACAAGGAGGACAAACACACAGCCAUAAUCCUGGGCCAGAGCUGCCCUAAAACAAGAACACCUUGGAAGAAGGCCAGGAAUGUGUUCUUGUGCCCAACGGAUGAAUGUGAGUUUUUUAGCAUUCCCUUAAAUGAGGAGGCUCAGACAAGGCAGAAGAAAUAGAAUGUGGAUGAAAAACUAGAACGUAGUUGCAAGACAAGAAGAGAAGGCGUGCCAGGAGCGUGUGUGUGCUGUGCUUCCAUCUGAGAUCAACCCCCGUCUCUGGUCGCUGUCUUGCCUGUUGAGCCUGUCUUCUUUUUCCGUGUUUACUACGAGGCAUGACAUCUAUGGUAAAGCAGAUGCCAUUUCCAAGAGCAGCUAUAAAACCAUCUGUUUUUCUGAAGCUAGUCACUCCAAGAAGAAGAGAAAGGAGCAUACCAGGUUCAUCAGUUAAUAGACUGUUUCCAAACAUAAUUUUUAAAGACAUUUUCCUCUAGCCGUCUGUAUCCUUAACCAUUGCACAAUGCAUUGCCUGUUCAAUAAAAGAUCUCAAAGGUACUUUCUGUCAUAUGGUAAAGGUUAUUUCUACUCACAUUUAUGGAAUGUCUUCCAACACUGAGCUAAGUACUGUGUGUGGAGUUUCUUUUAA